CCUCCAGGGUCUCAGUAGUAAGCAAGCCCCAAAAAGCCUCUGUUCCGAAGGUGAAGAAGGAGCAAAGACACUGUUUCAUACCUGAAGGCGUCUUCACUGGGGACAUUUAAGGAAAAGAAAAAGUCUGGGAUUUUCCUUCAUGGUUGGGCUGCCACAUCAGAAUAGCAGAAACAUCCUGCCAAGACAAUGACAGUCACUUACUCCAGUAAAGUAGCAAAUGCCACCUUCUUUGGAUUUCACAGAUUACUCCUCAAGUGGAAAGGCAGCAUCUACAAAUUGCUGUACAGGGAAUUAUUCUUUGCUAGUCUUUAUACAGCAAUAAGUGUGUUGUACAGAUUUUUUCUUACAGGAAGCCAAAAACGGUUCUUUGAAAAAUUAUCAAUUUACUGUGACAAAUAUGCUGAACAAAUCCCAGUCACCUUUGUUCUUGGAUUCUAUGUUACUUUGGUGGUGAACCGCUGGUGGAACCAGUUUGUGAAUCUGCCGUGGCCAGACAGACUUAUGUUCUUGAUCUCUAGCAGCAUUCAGGGAAGAGAUGAAUACGGACGCUUACUUAGGAGGACUCUAAUGCGUUAUGUGAAUUUAACUUCCCUGAUCAUCUUCCGCUCAGUGAGCACAGCUGUAUACAAAAGAUUUCCAACCAUGGACCAUGUGGUAGAAGCAGGUUUUAUGACAGUAGAUGAAAGAAAAAACUUUGAUCAUCUUAAGUCUCCCCAUCUUAAAUACUGGAUUCCAUUUGUCUGGUUUGGAAAUCUAGCAUCUAAGGCACGAAAAGAGGGUAGAAUUAGAGACAGUGUAGACCUUCAGACACUGAUGAAUGAAAUGAACAAAUACCGGUCUUGGUGUAGUCUUCUAUUUGGUUAUGACUGGGUUGGAAUUCCACUGGUCUACACACAGGUUGUCACUCUUGCGGUCUAUACCUUCUUCUUUGCAUGUCUGAUAGGACGUCAGUUUUUGGAUCCUGAGCAAGGAUAUGUAGGACAUGACUUGGAUCUUUACAUUCCAGUCUUCACCCUGUUACAAUUCUUCUUCUAUGCAGGAUGGCUCAAGGUUGCUGAGCAGCUUAUUAAUCCAUUUGGGGAAGAUGAUGAUGAUUUUGAUAAUUGGUGCAUUGAUAGAAAUUUGCAGGUCUCACUUCUGGCUGUGGAUGAAAUGCACAUGAACUUACCAAAGAUGGACAAAGAUAUUUAUUGGGAUGAUUCAGCUGCUCAGCCACCAUACACACUGGCAGCUGCCGAUUACUGUAUUCCAUCUUUCCUUGGAUCAACUAUUGAAAUGGGGCUAUCUGAUACAGAGUUCCUCCGUGGGGAAAACUGGUCCUGGGAUGAUGAGAAAUACAGGCGACAGUCCUCAGUGCUGAGAAGAGUUAAGCGAUUUCUGAGUGUCCAUGAAAGCUCUCCUUCCCCAACCAGGAGGCGCUACAGCAGACAGACAAGUGAGAACUCAAUUUUUUUCCCUGCUCAUGAAAAGGGUCAUAUCAGCAGUUUGCAAGAAAUGCAUUCUAGAGGGAGACAUUUUGCCUCAAAGGUCAAGAAGAAACAUGAGCUGGCUGAUAGGAAUCCUCGACUGCACACUAGCAUAGAUCUAGCACCUAUUAGUGAAACUAGCAGAACCAACAUUUUAGAGAGCUACCAAUCUAGUGAGAAUGACACAACAACCAAGACAGCUUUGCCAGUCCCCAAAGCAGUUGUCGCUGCUACUGAGGAUAGAACACUCAACGCGUCAGACAGACAGACUUUGCAGACAGACACCUCCACAAACGUGUCGACAGAACAGGCUCCCCCAGGCAGUCCAACUGAGCCACAUUCUGAUCCUGUGGAUGUGCCACGACCUCAUUCAGAAAUGACUAUGUCUUUUACGGAUUCUGGGCAGCAUAAAUCAUCCACCAUUGUAACAGAGGAACCAAAACCUGAUUUAAACAAAAGUAUGACAGCAGGUGAUAGCAAAGAUCAACACGGGAGCUCUGAAAGAUGUUCCCCAGACUUCCAUAUGCUCAGUGUUACAUUGCAUACAGAUGCUGCACCUCUUUUACUGGAUUUCGGAACACCCUCUGGACAAAGCACCUUAAGUGGUGAAAGUAACAUUGCUGCUACCUCUGCUGCUAGAGAUACAGUUGAUGUGCAUCAUUUAUUGGAACAUCUGGAUGCUAAAGAAACCGCUAUAGUAGAAUUCAUUAAUGAGAAGAAAGAAGGAAAUCUCUGACAAGGUUGUCAGAAUCUUCUAGAUUCCAAUUCUAUUCUAUUGUUUACAGUGGAGGAAAAUGAUUAAGAGCCCCUGCAGCCAUUCGGGGGUUCUCCAAACACAGAAAACUUUCAUUUUGCAAAGCAAUUGGAACUUCCUGUCUCUUUUGAAACCUGUUCUUAUUCAGAUUUUCUGAUAAUACAGAAAUACAAACACCCUGCUCAGACCACACAUACAGUACGUCAUAUGGCUGAUCUUAUUUCCAAGGGAAAUUACUCAGAUUGCUACAUUAAAGCUUUCCUCUCUCAAUAAGGAUUCUGGCAGGGCAAUAUUAAAUUUAAAUUAAAACAAAAAUCUCAGCCAGCCGGGAGCCUCAUUCCCUGGAUAGAGCUCACCAGCCAGUACCCAGCUUUGGCAGUGUUCUUCGGCCUUUCUCUCAGCAUGAACUCCACCUUUGAAUGUGGCCCAGGAAAGGGACCUCAUGCUGUCUAAGGCCAUGAUGGAAAGGGGUGUUUUCCCUCUCUUUCAGCAGUGGGAAAGGAGAUUUCUCUCAAGCACGUACACGCCCAGUCUUUCUCUCUUGGAAUCCAUCCUUUUGCAAAUCAAAUUGCUUUUAUAACACAGCCAAAUAAUUAUUUCCCCAUCGAGUCUUAUUCAAAUGACAUGAAAUAGCAAGGAUAAGUGUUAAGGAAUCAUACUGAUGUCAUGCCAGUACAAUUCAUUAACAACACAUCCUCCUCCACCAUCCAGAGAUGUGGAAGGCUCCAAAGGCAAUGAAACUAAUGCAGUUACUCUACUCAUGGCAGGAGGCAGAGCACCCUCCCUGGGAGUGCACAGCUCCUGUGUGCCUGAAGCACUGCUCUGUGGCUUUCUCUAUGGUAGCAUAGGAAGGGCUGAGAAGUGUGGGAUGUGACCAGUGGAUCCACAGCUGUGUAGGUUCACUGACCAAAUUCCUCCAAGUCCUGCAUGAGGAGAAGGAUGGUCGUAGCUGCAGGAGGGAGUCUAUCAGCAGCCAAAAAGCAGUUCCACCAUUUGGGUAAGAGGAUUCCAUAGCCAGCCCCCAGCAGAACACAAGCCUGAGGAAAUGGGAGUCUCUCAGGGGUCAGGGAUUCUGGGCCACUGUUUCUUUUGUUUCCUUUCUCUCUGUCUUUUCUGAUCGCAGAGAUCUCGCCUAAUCUGCCUCCAGGGUCCAAUCACCAUCUUGCCACCAUCCUCAUUCUCAGAGAAGAAUGAGGGGGGAUUUGAUAGCUGCUUUCAACUACCUGAAAGGGGGUUCUAAAGAGGAUGGAUCUAG